GGUGUGGAUGCAUUAUUUCUGCCUUCACUGCCCUGGUGGAUAUCUGUCAAAAAGGAAGUGUCAAAUAUGGCCCCGAGUGGACUAAAAGCGAUCGUUAACGACAAAAUUCUCAAUGGUGUCAUCAAGAGUUUGAAGAAAGAUGGAGAAUGGAAGGUGCUCAUUGUUGAUCACUUCAGUAUGCGGAUUUUGUCUUCAUGCUGUAAAAUGUCCGACGUCAUGGCGGAGGGUGUUACAAUUGUGGAGGACAUUAACAAGCGGAGGGAGCCGAUUCCUAGUCUGGAGGCCAUUUACCUGAUCUCCCCAGUGCCAGAGUCAAUUCAGUCCUUAAUUGGUGAUUUCAAAGAGACAGCAUUUACAUAUAAAGCAGCACACAUCUUCUUCACUGACACUUGUCCUGAUGGGCUUUUUGCCAAUCUCGGGAGGUCGAGGGUUGCCAAGGUCAUCAAAACUCUGAAAGAAAUUAAUGUUGCUUUUAUUCCAUACGAGUCUCAGGUGUUUUCUUUGGACAACCACAACUCCUUUCACACUUUCUACAGCCCAACUCAGACAUCUCUAGAUGACAGGACCGGGAUGAUGGAGGCCAUAGCUGAGCAAAUCGCCACACUCUGUGACACACUGAAGGAGUAUCCAGCCAUCCGUUACCGCCAGGGCCCAAAAGAGAAUUUCAACCUGGCAGAGAUGGUGUUGGACCGUCUGAAUGCACACAAGGCAGACAAUCCCAGUAUGGGAGAGGGCUCGGACAAAGCUUGCUCUCAACUGCUGAUUGUGGACCGUGGAUGUGACCCCAUCUCCCCUCUCCUGCAUGAGCUGACCUUUCAGGCUAUGGUCUAUGAUCUACUGGAUGUACAACAAGACAUUUACAGGUACCAGACGGCAGGGAUUGGGGAGCCUAGAGAGAAGGAAGUGUUGCUGGAUGAGGAUGAUGAGCUGUGGGUGCAGCUGCGGCACAUGCACAUCGCCGAUGUUACCAAGAAGGUGACGGAGCUCCUGCGCACCUUCUGUGACAGUAAGAGGAUGAACACAGACAAGGCCAACAUCAAAGAUCUUUCACAAAUGCUGAAGAAGAUGCCACAAUACCAGAAAGAACUGAGCUUGUACUCCACUCAUCUGAACCUGGCAGACGCUUGCAUGAAGAAGUUUAAGAACACAUUAGACAAGCUCUGUGAGGUGGAGCAGGACUUGGCCAUGGGGGCCAAUUCGGAGGGGGAGCCACUCAAAGAUGCCAUGAAAAAUAUUGUCCCUGUGCUUCUCAACACUGAGAUUCAACCCUAUGACAAAAUCCGCAUCAUACUGCUCUACAUUUUCCAUAAGAAAAAGGGCAUUGGUGAAGAGAAUCUCACGAAACUCAUCCAGCAUGCCAACGUGCAGCAGGACAGAAACAUCAUCACCAACCUGCAGCACCUGGGCUGCCCCAUCAUUACUGGGGGCGCUAAUGCUGGUAAGACACUGCCUGAUAGGAAAGAGCGUACAGAACCCACAUAUCAGCUCUCCAGAUGGACGCCCUUCCUCAGAGAUGUGAUGGAGAAUAUCAUUGAAGACAAGUGUGACAGAAAGCAGUGGCCCUUCCUGUCUGACCCCGCCCCCAUCACUACAACACAGCCUGCAGUCAGCAGUGCACGGUUUGGAAACUGGCACAAGAACAAGUCUGCCACAGAGUACCGCAGCGGUCCUCGCCUCAUCAUCUUUGUCAUUGGCGGCGUGACUCAUUCUGAAAUGCGCUGUGCUUAUGAAGUGACCCGCGCCACCGAGGGCAAAUGGGAGGUUCUGAUUGGGUCAUCUCACAUUCUAACUCCUACCGACUUCCUGAAUGACCUGAAGAAGUUGGACCAGCCGGCGUCCACUGAGCAGUGAAUCACCCAAAAGAUUCAUUCUAAUGAGCUCAUGUGAAACCUGAUACUCUGAAGUUCUGAUUCAUUUAAAUUACCAGUGAAAAGACACAUUUUAGAUCGAAUUAUGAAGAAAUAGCUUAAUGAUUGUUUGCUGUUUUUAGAGUAGUUAUUUUAAUUACCUUAAUUACCUAAGUUAAACUGAUGGCAUAUGUAAAUAUAUAUAUUCAUGCUGUUGUUGACUGAUAUUUAAUUUAAAUGAAUAAAGAAAAUCCUUAUGAGAAUGCUGUAAUUUGAAAACAUGUUCCCAGUGCCUGAAAUGUGUGCAAAUAUGUGGAUAAUAUCAUGCAUUACCCUGUAUAAAUGUCAGUACUUGUAAGUUCUGAUAGUCAUGUGAAGACAUCCAUAGACGUGUGCAGUGUAACAACUGAUCGCACUGGAGUCUCGCUGUUUCGACUGCCUUUGUUUAUGGAGGUUUUAUCUUGCUAUUACUUCAGCUGGAAAGCGUCAGCAGACUUGUAACUUAUAACCAAAAAGCAUUUGCGACACAGAUUUACAUUAGCCAUUUCCAACCAAGUUUUGUUAAAUCUAGUUUUCAGAACCUUUUGCUAAAGGCAUGAAAUAGUUAAUCUCAUUAUUGCUGUCUUUUUGUUUUCCUGCUCUAAACUUGUGGAGUUUAACAUUUUACAGAUUAGGUGUUUUUGUUUUUCCACUGGGUCUUUUUGGUUGUUGUCUAUUUGUUAACCAUUCUAAAUAAACUUUGCAUA